CCUCCUCCAUCCUCCACUCCACGAUGUCCAACCACACCGACCUGCCGGUGAACUCCACCGCCUCCCAGGACCCCCACGGCCCUCCGCCUUGGUACCAGUACCCGGUCUGCGCCGUGGCCCCCUACGCCUUCAUUUUCUACUUCGGGGGCAAGGUGUUCAACCUGGCCGUGGGGACGCCGUGCAACCUCCUGGUCAUGUGGCACAUCGCCAGGAAGAAGAGCGACGCCUCCACGUCGGACAUCUUCAUCUUCAACCUGGCCGUCCUCGACGCCUACUUCUGCCUGAUGACACCCGUGGACAUGGUCAACAGGCUGCUGCUGGACGACGGCGGCGUCUGGGUCCUUCAGAGAUUCGCGUACGGGGUCAAGGACGUGGCGCCGCUCUUUCUGGUCUGCAUCUGUCUGGACCGCUACACGGCCGUGGUCCACCCGGUGCUGUUCACUCGGGUCCGUGACAACAAGAUCCGCAUCUGCGUCUCCGCGGCGACCUGGGGCCUGAUCCUGGCCUACGCCGUGACCAAGGGCGUCCUCGGGAUCAUGAGCGUCACCGGGGUCUUCAGCGGAGUCAUCCUCUUCUCGUUUUCAGUCAUGGUCUUCUGCAACGUCUCCGUCAUCUGGGCCCUGCGGCGCUCCGUGGCCGGGAAGGAGGAGAUGCACCCGGUGAAGAAGAGGGCCUUCAGGAUGGUGCUGACCAUCAUGGCCAUCAUCGUGCUCAACUACCUGCCGCCCGUGGCGCUCAUGCCCUUCGUGCCGUACUACUCGUUCGUGGAGUACCGCUGUAAGAUCGCCGUCAGCGUGUUCACCAUCAUGGACCUGAGCUGCAGCAUCGAGCCGCUCCUCUACAUCUCAAAGAUGGAGCGCGGGGAGGGCGGGUGCUGCGGGCGGAGCUCCUCCGAGAAGCCACUCGACGUCGGUCACAUCCGGUCAUGAAUCGCAUUUUGGAAAAUUCACCCAAGAACAUUUAUGGAUAGUUUGUUGUAGAAAGUAAAUACUUCCUCUCUGGUGGACCCAUGUGGGACCUCCAUGUACUUCAGACAUAAAACUAAAUGACUAAACUUUUUAAAGUGAACAUAAUGAACUAAACCUC